CGUUACUGACAACUGCCUAUAAAUACCCAGUCACUUGGCGCCCAAAUUCAUUUCGGUUUCUUUUCGCUCAAAAAAUCCAAACAGCUGAGAUCAACAUAUCUCUCCUCAGAGAGCGAAGGGAGGUUGAAGCAUAAAUCUCUAGGGUUUUCAAUUCAUUGAUCGACAGAUUAGAUCAAGAUGCAGAAGUUAGGGUUUCCGAGCUUGAAAAGCCUCGACCAGUUCAAGUCACUACCAGGAUCCAUCUCCGGAUCGGCGAAGAACCUCCCGUUCUCUUCUCGGCAAUCUUCAGAAUCGAUUUCUUCAGGAAGUUUUGCGAAUUUGAAGAUAACUGCUGAGAAAUUGAUCAAAGAGCAAGCCUCUGUGAAAACUGAUCUCGAAUUAGCGAAUUCUAAGCUGAAGAAAUCGAUAAAGCAUAUCAAUGAGUUAGAGGAAAAGUUGCAGAACGCCUUCAAUGAAAAUGCCAAGCAUAGAGUGAGGCAGAAGGAGGAUGAGAAGCUUUGGAAAGGAAUGGACUCUAAGUUUUCUUCCACUAAGACUUUGUGCGAUCAACUGACUGAAACUUUACAGCUCUUAGCCGGUCAGGUUCAAGAAGCUGAAAAGGGCAAGGAGUUUUUUGAAACCAAACUAUCUGAUAGCUCAAAUGCUAUUGACAGUCUGAACAAACAGCUGAAUAAUUUGUCCCUGCAAUUGGGAUCUGCAGAGGAAGCUGUCAGAACUAGUGAAAAGGAACUGGAAGUACUUAAGCUUGAAAAAGAAGAAAACAAUAAGGUCUACGUAGAGGAGCAACGCAGAACUGCUAAUCUCAUAGAGGAGAAAGAUGCUAUGUUAAAGAACUUUGAGGCAACUGUAGCAGCUAAUAAAUUGGCAUCAGAGACCCUAAAUUCUAAAUUGGAAGAGAUGCACCUUAAUUUGAGAAUAAAGGAAGACAAUAUCAAACAUUUGAUGAUUACUCAGGAGAAUUUGGAGAAAGAAAAGAACGACCUCCAAUUUUGCAGCAACAAUUUGACUGAUAAAUUGUCUCUGUCACUCCGGGAGAUAAAAGAUCUUAAAAGUUUUGUUCAUUUGUUGGCUGCACAACUGAUUGAACUGGAUAAACAAAGUUUGGCUUUUAUAGAAAAAUUUGACGAGCUGAACUCUCUCUAUGACACUUGCUUUAAGCUGCUCCUACUUGAUAGCGACCUUGGUGCUAAGCAUGCUCGAAAACAAUAUGAUCAGCUACAUGAUAAGUUCUUAAUUCUGACAUCAGAAAAAGAUACAUUGAAGUUGGUAAACCAGGAGUUGCAUGAUAAGAUCAUUGAACUUCAGAAAGCUCAAGAUUAUAUAGCGGAACAGCUAUCUGAAGGAAGCCGUUUAGCAGCAGAUAGAAUUCAAACAUUAGAGUCUGAAGCUGAAAUGUUAUUGUCAAAGAAGAAUGAAAUGGAAAGAGUAGUUUCGAAAUUGGAGGAGACUAUUAAUUCUUUGACAGAAACUUCAAAAACAUCUGAAAAUAAAAUGCAAGAUUUGCUGGCAAAAGUUGCAGCAUUAGAAAUAGAAAACAAUGAUAUUGCUGAGAACUUACAGGCAGACUUAAGGACAAAAGAAGAAGAAGUAGCCACCUGGAAAAAAGAGAGUGAGAAGCAUGAGCAAGAUAUAGAUUCACUGGAGAAACAAGUUGCCCAGCUUCAAAACAACAUACAGGAUAAGGAAGAAUAUCUUCUGCAAUACAAAGAACUUGAAGAGAAGCUACAAGAUCAAAUCACUGAGAGUCAGUCAUUGCUGACUGCUGCUGAAAGCAAACUUACUGAAGCAAAGAAGCAACAUGAUUUGAUGCUAGAGAGCAAACAAAUGGAAUUAUCAAGGCAUUUGAAAGAAAUAUCUCAGAGGAAUGACCAGGCAAUUAAUGACAUCAGGAAUAAGUAUGAGGUGGAGAAGCAAGAGAUUGUUGACAUGGAAAAGGAAAAGGCAAACAGAGUUGUGUUAGAAAUGAAAAGCAAAUGUGACCAGAACCUUGCUGAAUGCAAUGAAGAAACAGUGCAGCAGUUGGUGCGCAUUCAGGAAGAACAUGCUGCCUUUGUCUUGGGCAUUCAGCAGGAACAUGAUAAAAAGGAAGUGAUUCUAAAAGCUAAUCAUAUGGAAGACAUAAAGCGUACCCAACUUCAAGCUGAAAACGAACUGAGAGAGAAAACAAUGCAAAUCAGGAAAGAACAUGAAGUUCAAAUGAAAGCUUUGAGGUGUCAACUUGAAGAUGAGUGUAGAAGGCUGCAUGAGGAAUUGGAUCUUCAAAAGUCUAAGGAAGACAGGCAGAGGGCUUUGCUGCAAUUGCAAUGGAAAGUGAUGAGCGAUAAGCCAAAAGAGGAUCAAGAAGUAAAUUCGGGGAAGGAUUACUCAGUUUCAUCGAUUAAGAUGAGAGACUCUGGUGGUGGUAAACGACGUCGGCCUGAUAUGGAUUUGCCUCUUCUAGGACAAACACAAACACCUGUGUCAAAAAUAAUGAAGAGAGCAGAGAAUAUUAACACAGGAAGUCCAAGGAGCCUCCCUAAACAUCACAAGAAGGUAACACGCCGUGAAUACGAAGUUGAAACGACUAAUGGAAGAACAGUUACAAAACAUAAAAAGACUAAAAGUACAGUGAUGUUUGACGAACCAAGGAAACGUAAGAAGAUGAACACUCCAAAGUCCGUAACUCCUAGAAGAGUGGCUAAGGCAAUCAAGGGAGGAGAUGUUUCACAUCCUUCAAACAUAGGAGAUCUGUUUUCAGAAGGGUCAUUGAAUCCAUACGCUGAUGAUCCUUAUGCAUUUGACUAGAGGUUCUGUUGGUUCAUGAUGGAUCAGGCUGUUAAGAUUCUGCUGCAAAUAACUACUUAGGUUUUUGUAAGAAUGAUACUGAAAAUAUUUUCAGGAAUGGUGGAAUUUACUAAUGACUGUAUAUGGCAACAAAUUUUUCUUC